AUGUGUGCGCUCAAGUUGGUCUCACCGUUUCAUCAUGGAUGCGUCCGGAUCGAGGCACAGGGUCCCUCAAGUCCGCCUCCUCAAAUAUCUUCGUUGUUCCCCCUCUCCUCUUCCACUCAAGGUCCAACUGCCACUCGUCUGAAACAACUCUGGUUCGACCCCGACAUUCAUGUCCCAGAAUACCAUACCCUCCUCCUCGCACUCCUGAGCCACAGCCCCCACCUGGAACGACUCUCCUUCGCUGCGCCCAGCACGCCCUACCAACUCUCAGACCUCGUCUCCGCCUUCUCCAAGAACCUCAAACUCCGCCAUCUCGAACUCAUCGAAUACAAUACCAGCGCCUUCAAAAACAGCAACAACAAUGACUACCCCGCAGACUUGAUCCAAGCUUCCACCUAUGCCUCCUCGCAUCUCCACAGCUUCACCCUUCGCUCCUUCCAAACCAGGGCGACCUCUUCCUUCAUCGACCGAGCCGUCCAUGCCCUAGUUCACCAUCAACACAGCCGAACUCUGGAACGGCUGGAUUUCUGUAAAGACGAUGAAGUCGCGAGCAAGGAUCUGCAGCUAUUGUUGAUGUCGUGUCCCAAUCUGACGAGGUUUGUGGUCAUUGAUGUCGAGGCUUGUGAGUCGACUACCAAGAACCGGUCCAGGAUUCACAUCGAGGAUUUGGCGGCUGGCGAGUGGGUGUGUCGGGGGUUGAAGGAGUUGUGCAUUGGGUUCACAGGAUUCUCCACCCUCGCCUUCUCUUCCUCCUCCUCUUCUUCUUCUGGCGAGUCAGCAACAGCACAAUACCACACAGCCCUAAUCUACAAUCACCUCGCAUGCCUGACCUACCUCGAAACCCUCUGCCUCGCCGGAGAACUACUUCCUUUCUCGGUGUCACCAAGAGACCGCUGGAUCCCUCCCCCACCCUCCAGCAGCACGUACUUUGACCUCUCCCUCAAAACCGGCCUCGCCAGACUAGAGCCUCUGAAGUACGUGCAGACGUUGAAUUUGAGUCAAUGGCAGCAAUUCCGGAUCGGCAAGGCAGAGGCGGCGUGGAUGGUGGAGCAGUGGGAGGGGUUGCGGUAUGUAACCUUACCGGCGCAAGAGCCUCCGAUGGUUCCGGAAGGGUACAGAGCUGCGGGGCAUUUUAUGGAUCUGGUCGCUGUUCGACCUAGCUUGAUCGUGUCAAUCAAAGCCUGA